AUGGAAUUGUCAUGUAAUCUGCUUCAAGAGGGAUCUCAUUUGUUAUCAAUUGCAGACGUUGUUGAGUAUGAAGCUAUGAAAAAAAUUAUAUUGGAAAAAAAGGUUAACAAUUAUGCGCUCUCUCAUCAGUUUAUUCCCCUCGGUUUGGAUGGAACAAAAUCCGAUUUAAAAGAAUUUACCGAUGGUACCCCCUUAAAAGAAAACAUAAGAAAAUUAAUUAUUCAAGGAGAGCACGAAGCGGGGCAGUGUUACUUUGUUCAUGCUGCUCAAGCUUUCGGUCAGGUUACUGAAACGACGGUUUUGCUUGUGGUCGUCUCUGUUGCGCUCUUCUUGAUUGUUGUUAUCGUGUUAGCUGCUAUUCUUGCUUAUAUGAAGCUAUGGAAGGUAGUACGAGAGGUUCAAGAAAAUCCUUAUUAUUUCCCUCCUGAGGAAGCGAUGUAUGAGGUCGUAGUGAAAGAUGACAGUGAAAGAUAG